AUGAGCGUCUCUACCUCCACAGUGGCUCCUGCGGCCGGCAGCUCUAAUACCACAAACGUUACCAAGAGACUUCAAAAAGAACUCAUGCAGCUCAUGAUGUCUCCCUCUCCCGGCACCUCCGCCUUCCCAGAUGACCCAUGCAAUCUUCUCAAGUGGACUGCCACCAUCGUCGGCCCAGAUGAUACAUACUUCGCUGGCAAGACCUUCAAACUCUCCUUCACCUUCCCCGGCGAUUACCCUCUCCAACCACCCACCGUCCUCUUCACCACCCCAAUGUUCCACCCGAACGUCGAUAUGGCCGGCCGCAUCUGCCUCGACAUCCUCAAGGACAAGUGGUCUGCUGUCUACAACAUACAGUCGAUCCUUUUGUCCCUUCAGAGUCUCCUUGGCGAGCCAAACAACAAAUCUCCGUUGAACGGCCAAGCCGCACAGCUCUGGGAUGAGGAUCCGAAAGAGUAUAAGAGAUUGUUGGAGAAGAGGCAUCAAGAGGCGGAGUAG